GAGAGCUAUCACCAACAUAAUCCAUUGUAGACACACUCGAGACACUUCGUCUAGCUUUCAGCUAUGCUCCGACCCAUCCUCGCCCUCACUCCCCUACUCGUCAUCGCGGGGGCCAUUCCCACACCGCUCGAACCUCGAGUCCUCCUGAUCACUCGCGAACAACCUCAGCUCUCCGACCUACCUAGCUGCCUUCACUCGCUCGGUAGCUACGGAUCUGUAUCAGGGUCGGACCAGGUAUUCCUAGCUUCCAAGUCGUGUGUGGAUGUAGAGUUUGAAAACCUGGCGUCUGGGCUGGUGGAAGGGUCGAUGAUCCCGCUCGACAUGGAUCAAUCGGGAUCCGCUGCGUCGACCGAGUCCGAGUCGUCCUCGAGGCGUCUCUUUUGGCUCGGCGAGGCCGGGGUCCAAGGCAAAGUCCAUGUCGAGGGUAUGGACUCUCCAUUACUCGGCGUAUUUGAGGACGUUCAGAACAAGGCCGACUCGCUCGCCGGCCGAUCAGGUCUCGUUCAGACCGCAGCUCAAAGGAUCCUCGACGUCUUUGCUGGUCGAGCUCCCGUCCAGACCUCGCAAGUCGAACGGCUGUACGAAACUUCCCACUCGGUCAUCUUCUCUGCCAGUGACCGCUUGGUGCCCAUCCUCGACACCCUCAUCCCUUCGCACCUCAGCCUCGUCGCCCUCCCCGAUCUCAACAACCUGGACUCGGGCCUCACCAACGCCUUUACAGGCUCUGUUCGCAAAGACCUCGUCGACAACCUCGCAAAUCUGACCUCCCAACUGAAAUUCUCCCCCAAGAUCGACCGCAUCCUCAACGAAGGUCUCGACGACCACCAACUCGUCCGGGAUGUCAGGUACCUGACCGGAGAAUCUAGCGAUCUUGUCUCCCGUCACAGCUUCACCGGCGGAGCCCGACAAGCCGCCCACUGGAUCAGGGAUAUCGUUCAACAUACCGGAGCGGAAUGCUUGCUCGAACCUUUCCUCCCCGGUUUCGCUCCGAACGUCAUCUGCACUUACCCUUCCCUCAUCCAGAACGCUACGGGGAUGACGAUCAUGUCGGCGCAUUACGAUUCCCGAGGAUCGUUCGGCAAGACCCGGGCUCCCGGUGGAGAUGACGAUGGUUCUGGUUCUGGCCACUUGUUGGGCAUCGCUAGGGCUAUCGGGAAACAGGGUGUCAGGUUCGAGAAGCCUGUCGUGUUGGCGUUCUUUGCGGGAGAGGAACAGGGCUUGUUGGGAAGUCACGCAUAUGCCAGACAACUCUCGAGCGAGAACGCGACCGUACUCCUACAAGUCCAGGCGGACAUGUUGGGAUAUCGAGUCGCCAACGAGCCCCGUCAACUUGGGUUGCCCGCAACUAUCGAGACCCCCGAGGCUAGUUGGCUGAUCGGUAACUUGUCUCAAAUCUACUCCCCGGAACUUGUCGUUGGGAGGACGGCCGCUUGUUGCAGCGACCAUCAGAGCUUCCUGGGCUACAAUUUCCCGGCUACCCAGGUCUUUGAAAGGAACGACUGGAUCGCCGACCCCGAAUACCACAGCUCGGGAGAUCUUAGCAUGAGGUAAGGACAUUCGGAAUCCAACUUGGUACCUACUCGGCUGACACGAUGAAUGAUCGAGCAUUACAGGGACAACUACGACUUUGACCA